AUGGAUGAAUACUAAGUGUUUUUUAAAGCCAAAUGUAUAGAGUAUCAAAAAAACAAAGUUGAUAUUUCAAGAGAGGAAAUGAUGAUAGAGAUAUCAGAAAUGUGGGAACAAUACAAAAGAGAAAACGAUUCAAAACAAAUCAAUGGGAAUGAACAAAUUUAUUUUCAAAUUUUUGAUUUUCUUCUUACUAAGCAACAAAAAGAAUACGAAAGACAAUAACUGGAUUCAAUUAACUAUCCAGCCUCUCAACCAUGUUAUUAAAGGAAAAAAAAAAUUUAAGCUCCAACUAUUCAAAUUUCAUAUUGUACAAGUGAACCUAAAUUUGUCAUUGAAGCUCGGAAUCUAGCCAUGGAAAUACUGAGAGAAUUCAAAGUUAACAUAAUCAAAAGUUAAAUACAUCAUUCAUCAAAAAACAUAUCCGUAGUCCUGUAUUAAGAAACUAAAAAUAUUGAAUUAUGGUCUUAUUUAAGAGAUGGGCCCCUAGAUUACACAAAAAUAUUUGCUUUAAUUUCAAAGUAUGUUCAAAGACUGUGA